AUGAACGUCUCUAUACCAGACAUCGCCUGCUAUUAUCCCCGGCGAGACAUCGUAGUGCCGCCCCUGCUGACUCGGACCCACGUCAUCCCCCCGAAGCGCAUGCGCACUGCGGCUUCUGAGACUUCUCCCCCCGCCUCUGCUUCUGCUGCUUCUGCUGAAUCUGCUUCUGUUGAUUCUGCUGCUGAUUAUGCUGCUGAUGCUGCUGCCUAUGGCGGUCGUACGAUCCGUGUGCUGAUGGUGACGUCAGCUAGCAGCAUUGCUGACGCGAGCAGCGACAGCAUCAAGGUUGAACGCAUGCACCAUAACUAUGCGGUGGAGACGUGGUUGAUCGAGCUGUACACGUCCCAUGCAGCAGCCAUCUACGGAUGGAAGGUGGUGUUCCGAGGCGACAGCGAGCAGGCUGGGGGGGUCCGAGGGGAUGCCUCUGAAAUCACUGCUGGUGAUGGUGGUGGUGGUGGUGCUGCUGCUGCUGCUGCUGGCGAUAGUUCUGCUGUUGCUGCUGCUGCUGCUGGCGAUAGUGCUGGUGGUGCUGCUGGUGGUGCUGAUAGUGCUGGUGGUGCUGCUGGUGGUGCUGGUGCUGCUGCCGACAGUGCUGCUGCUGGUGAUGGUGGUGCUGCUGACGACAGCGAGUGGGGAGACAGUGUGUUCUGCCUGGUGCCUCCCGGUCGCGCCCAGUGGACCGUCCAUCUCGCCAAGGCAAUCCUCUCAGGCUGCAUUCCCGUAACCUUUCUCCGUGCCAACGAUAACCCCUGGGCCGCGUCCCUCUACCACCACAAAGCAGCAGCAGCACCAUCCCCCACUUCCUCCGCCUCCGCCACCUCUGCGGCCCCCUCGGCCCUCAACUACCCGGUGUUCUCGCUCAACAUCGACCCGGCGGAUCUCCACUCGCUGCCCCGCCGCCUGCAGGACGCCUUCGACCAGCCGGGGCUGGUGGCCAGGCUGCAGCACAACCUGGGGCUCGUGCAGGACAUGUUCAAGUGGCAUGACUCCCUGGACCAGGGAGCAGGGGCGGUGCUCAUGAGCAGGCUGAGGAGGAUUGGAGCAACGGCGGCACAAUCAGCUGCUUGA